CACGAUGUUUCACAAACCGCCGCUACUUAUCUUAGACGAGCCCACAGUUGGUGUCGAUUCUGUGCUUCGCUGUCGUAUUUGGGAAUAUUUAGAAGAUAUGUGCAAAAAUCAUGGGACAACAGUUGUGAUAACGACACACUAUCUGGAGGAAGCAAACACUGCAUCCAAUGUUGCAUACAUACAGUCGGGCUCACUAUUAGUGCAGUCAAACCCUAGAGAUCUCCUGACAAAAUACGAGUGCCGGACACUGGAGGAGGCGUUUCUGCAGAUAUCCAUCACUAGAAAACACGAGACAAGAGUGGAGUCAUGCGAAACACCCAAACCUCAAGCCAUUGAACAGACGGCCAAAAAUAGCCUAAAUCUAUGUUCGGAUCGGAAGAAAUUGAUUGAUUUGAAACACAUUAGAGCUCUUCUCUGGAGAAGUCAAAUACGAAUCUCUCGGAAUCCCAUAAUAUUGGUUAUGCUGUUGUUAUUACCCGUAAUACAGAUUACAUUGUUCUGUGUGUGCACUGGAGGUCGUCUGAAUGCCAUUCCCAUUGCUAUACACGAACCCGACUUUGAUAAUCACUUAUCGCAUCAGUUCUUAGAGCAUAUCGAUAGGCAAAUGAUUCGCGAAGACUAUUACACAGACAAAGAGAAGGCCAUCGAAUCCGUGAAGAGUGGAAAAGCACUUUACGCCAUACUAUUCUCACAUAAUUUUAGCGAUAGCUUUGAGGCCAGAAUUGAGAACCCGUACGAACUGACGGACGAAGAGCUCGAUGAGAGUCACGUCAAACUGUACGCCGAUAUGACCAACACAGCGGUCAGUCCUUUCGUUCACCACUCGCUGUUGCAAAGUUCCCAAAGGUUUUUACACCAAUACAUGUCGUCCCUGGGCUUCAACCCCAGCGCGUAUUCCUUACCAUUUUCUAUACAACAACCAGUUUAUGGCGCUAUGAAUUCAUCAAUCUAUGAGUUUACGGCGCCGGGCGUUAUAAUCGCCACAAUACACGUCACAACAAUGCUAUUCUCGUCGCUACUGAUUGUGAUCGAGCGAAAGGACGGCCAUCUGGACAGAGCACUGGUCGCCGGCGUUAAUUCGGCCGAAAUACUAAUCGCACACAUAAUUAUGCUAUUGUUUUGUGUGAUCGCAAAAUCUAUUCUUCUCAUGAUUUUCUCAUUUAUUUUGUUUGAUAUUCCGUUGAAGGGAUCAGUUGUAGACGCGUUUGCCAUCAUUUUGUUACAGGGCUUACAGGGAAUGAGUUUUGGACUUUUUAUAUCCAUUAUUAGUUCAGAGGAGUCAAUAGCUUUGACACACAUACCGGUGCUCUGGUUGUGGUCAGUGUCCAUAUAUGGAUACACAACUGUCCCCAUCAUUAUGUGCGCUCAG